AUGAUGGCAGACAGCUACAUUCCCAACGACAACGGCCUGGGAGAGAUGCCCACCUCCCAGGUCCAUCCGAACGAAGUCCUACAGGCAUGGGAUACCCAAAAUAUCGUCACGAGUCCAUGGACACAACCCGGCAUGAGCGUUCCCAUGCCCGUGGUAACAGAAGGUGUGCCCUUCAAUGCCUGGGAAAAUCAGCAGACACCAACAGGCACCCCGCGAUGGGGCGGCCAUGAUCCGAAUGCCUCCAUGUUCGCCGCCGACUGGAGUGUUACUUCAGUCACGCCUUCUCACGAACAAUAUCCUCAUGGUGGCGACUAUUUUGGCGCAGCAGCAAUGACACACUCGAUGUCGCCCGAGGACUCCAUGUCCUACCCAAAUGCUUCGGCGGGCUGGGAAACUGGCAGCCAGCCGGCUCUUUCCCCUUAUACCGAGUUUCCCGACUUUGCCACCUUGAGGAGGAGCGAAUCUGCCGAGGUCAAAAUCGAACCCAACAACCAGCGCCUAGUACCGCUCAUGCAGAAACCCACCGUCAACGAACCAGCAUCUCCAGGGGGUCAGGCGAGGAGAUUGGGAAAGCCAAACCUGGUUCCAACUGGGCCUCUUCACAGGAAGGUCAAAUCAACCAGCAAGAUCGGGAAACCUGACGUCAAACCAAAGCUCGCGACGGCCAGUGCGCUGAACACGGCAGUUCUCCAGACGCAGAUGAAGCGCAAACACCCAGGUCCAAUCCCCAACUUCCCAGGUCGACCAAACAUUAUGCAGACCAUGCAGACCCACACUCCAGGAGUUAGCAGCCCUAUGGCCUGGACAGGAGAUUAUCAAGUCCAUCCACGGAACGCCUACUCAACACCAACGACACCCAUUGGUGGACCCGGCGGUCAACCGAUUACACCGAUGGGAAUGCCUAUGGGGAUUGGCAAUUCCAUGACCAAUGGUAUGAACAAUGGGAUGGUUAACGGUAUGGGUAACGGCAUGGGUAUGCCAAACGGUAUGCCCAACGGUAUGCCGAAUGGUAUGCCUAACGGUAUGCCCAGCAACGGAAUGGGUAUGGGCAUGAACAUGGGGAUGCCAGUCACCAACAUACACGGCGGUAUGUCCAUGCCCAUGGGCUCGGCAGGCAUGGUGAUGACCUCGGGCAUGGCCUCUCCAGUACCUCUCCCAAUACCAUCACCAUACAUGCAUCAACCACCACAACAACCCAUGGUCGGCGGUCCCGGAGGCGGAAUGGGAAUGGGAAUGGGAAUGGGAGUACCAGGAGGCCCUGGAGGCCCCGGCCAACACCGACCCAGCAACACCAUGGCCACGAUAGCCAUGAGCCAGGACCCGCGUGCGGCCGCCGAGCAGAUCCGGAAGGAUGCCUGGCAGGUGUGCGAGCGUGAGCGUGUCGAGAUGCUGCAGCGCCGCUUGAUGCUGACGGAACACGAGCGCGGCAUGCUUGACCAGGAGACAAACAUGUUGCAGCUGAACUUGGGCAAGAUGCGUCAGGUUGUAGCGAGACAUCAUCAGGAGUUGGAAGAGGCGGUCGAGCGGGCUCGAAAGUUGAAUGAAGGAUCUUCUUCCUCUUCUCAAGGUGGCCAACCGGACGACGAGGAGGAAUUAGCGGGGCUACCUCAGAGCCAGGAGUUCGGGAAGUCGUAA